AUGACAUCGAUCACUUCGUCUCAACCUCGUCCAGAUCAACUGUACACAUCUGAAAUACCGGCACCCUAUCUUCCCAGAGUAUCAGUCUUUCAUUACCUAUUCCCAUUUAAGAAGUACAAAUCAAAACAUCGUUCGAGAUUCUUAUAUUAUCCAGAUCCGAAUCUUGAGAAACCAAGUUUUAUAGAUGGUUUGACGGGAAGAUUCGUUACUAGGGGUCAGGUUGAGGAACAAGCGAAACAAUUAGCUACGGGUUUAAAGAUGAAGGGAAUUGAAAGAGAACAAGUGGGUUGUAUAUUCGGUAUGAACAGUUUAGAAUGGGUAAACGCAAAUUUCGGUUGUCAGGCUUUGGGCGCUGUUGUCAGUCCUGCUAAUUAUGCUUAUACCCCUGAUGAACUUCUUCACCAAAUGAGAGAUUCGACAGCCUCAUUCGCUUUCGUCCAACCUGCUUUACUGCCCACUUUCCUGAAAGCUAUCGAACUCGAUCCCAAAUACACUAUACCUGACAAUCGGAUAUUCCUCUUGUGCACGAAAAGCGAGAAAGAGGCUUUGAUCCAAAAAGGAGGCAAUGAGGCCGAAUGGAUGAGCAGAUUCUUGUGUUCUGAAGAAGUUUGGGAGAAGGCAGGAACUCCAAAAAGGUUCCAAGAUGGUAUGGAAGAAAGAACUGCUUAUUUGUGUUAUUCAAGUGGAACCACUGGGAAAGGUAAAGGUGUAGAGACGAGUCAUCAUAACAUGACAAGUCAAGUACAAGCCCUAAAUUGUUCUUAUGAACCUAUCAAAUACAAAGAUGUUAUUUUGGCUAUGCUUCCUUUCAGUCAUAUCUACGGUUUGACAGUGACACUACAUCACCCUCUCACUGUUAACGGCACAGUGGUGAUCCUCCCUCGAUUUGAUGAGAUUGCGUUUCUCAAGGCCGUGGAGAAAUUCAAAGUCACUUGGGCAUUAGUGGUACCACCCAUGUUAAUCGCACUGAUACACUCAGCCAACGUAGCAAAAUAUGAUAUAUCGUCCAUUCGAGGAUUCAUGUCUGGAGCAGCACCACUAUCCUCGGAUCUGAUCAAAGUCUUCGAAUCCAAGUUUUCUCAUAUCAAACUUACCCAAGGAUAUGGAUUGACUGAAACUACACCUGUAUCUCACGUGAUGAACCUGGCUGAAGCGCCAGGAAGAGAUGGAAAAAUUGGUAGGGUAAUCCCCACGUAUCAAGCCAGAUUAGUGGAUCAAGAUACAGGAAAAGAUGUUGAAAAAGGUGAAAGAGGCGAAUUAUGGUUAAGGGGUCCAAGUGUUAUGAAAGGAUAUUGGAAAAAUCCAUCUGCAACAGAUGGUGUUUUCGCUAAAGGCGGUUGGUUCAAGACUGGGGAUGUUGCAACCAUAGACAAUGAAGGUUAUUUCUCCAUUGUAGACAGAGUCAAGGAAUUGAUCAAAUAUAAAGGAUUCCAAGUCCCACCUGCCGAACUGGAAGCUUUAUUACUUACUCAUCCUGAAGUAACGGAUUCAGGAGUCAUUGGGAUUUAUUCAAAGGAUCAAGCAACCGAAUUACCUAGAGCGUAUGUAGUCCCAAAAGGAGGUCUAGCAGCUUUACCCUCCGCUCAGGCGAAGGAGGAAUUCUCUCGAAAGGUUCAGGAAUGGGUUGCCGAAAAAGUAGCUAAUCAUAAGCGACUUCGAGGCGGAGUGAUUUUGGUGGAUAUCAUUCCUAAAUCCCCAAGUGGAAAGAUAUUAAGGAAAGAUUUGAGAGCUAGAGCUGUACAGGAAGAAGAGGAGAAAGGUCAACGGGGGCGAGUUGCUAAACUGUAG